UCAUUCCACCAAUUUAAGAAAGCAGAUUACUAAAAAAACUCUUGAGGACCAUGGAACUUCACGGAGCUCUAGUGGCUAGUCCGGGUAUGGGACAUGCCGUACCCAUCUUAGAACUCGGUAAACAUCUCCUGAACCAUAACGGUUUCGACCGCAUCACCGUCUUCCUAGUCACAGACGAUAUCUCACGUUCGAAAUCCUUAAUUGGCAAAACGUUAAAGGAAGAAGAUCCAAAAUUUGUGAUCAAGUUUAUUCAACUUGAUGUUUCGGGUCAAGAUCUGAGCGGUUCUCUUUUGACUAAACUAGCAGAGAUGAUGAGGAAGGCAGUACCGGAGAUCAGGUCUGCAGUCAUGGAGUUAGAACCACGGCCUAGGGUUUUUGUAGUUGACUUGUUGGGCACAGAAGCUUUAGUGGUGGCUAGGGAGCUUCAGAUCAUGAGAAAACAUGUUCUGGUUACUACCAGUGCUUGGUUUCUAGCUUUCACGGUUUAUAUGGCGAGUCUUGACAAGCAGGAGUUGUAUAAGCAGUUGAGUAGCAUAGGAGCAUUGCUUAUACCCGGAUGCAGCCCGGUUAAGUUUGAGCGGGCUCAAGAUCCGAGUAAAUAUAUUCGGGAACUCGCCGAGUCUCAGCGAAUUGGGGCUGAGGUGAUAACCGCAGAUGGGGUCUUUGUGAAUACGUGGCACAGUCUGGAGCAAGUGACGAUCGGGUCUUUCCUGGAUCCAGAGAAUCUCGGUCGGGUUAUGAGAGGAGUGCCGGUUUAUCCUGUUGGACCGCUGGUUAGACCAGCAGAACCGGGUUUGAAACAUGGCGUGCUGGACUGGCUUGACUUACAACCCAAAGAGUCAGUGGUUUAUGUUUCUUUUGGGAGUGGUGGGGCACUAACCGCCGAGCAGACGAACGAGCUGGCUUACGGUUUGGAGCUGACUGGCCACAGAUUUGUUUGGGUAGUCAGACCACCGGCUGAAGACGACCCAUCUGCAUCAAUGUUCGACAAGACCAAGAAUGAGACAGAACCACUCGAUUUCUUACCCAAAGGGUUUCUAGACCGGACCAAAGGCAUCGGUUUGGUGGUCCGGACAUGGGCCCCACAAGAGGAGAUUCUGGCACACAAGUCAACAGGAGCGUUUGUGACUCACUGCGGAUGGAACUCAGUUUUGGAGAGUAUUGUGAAUGGUGUGCCAAUGGUAGCUUGGCCGUUGUACUCAGAGCAAAAGAUGAACGCAUGGAUGGUUUCUGGGGAGCUAAAGAUUGCGUUGCGGGUUAAUGUUGCAGAUGGGAUUGUAAAGAAGGAAGAGAUAGUUGAAAUGGUGAAGAGAGUGAUGGAUGAAGAAGAAGGAAAAGAGAUGAGAAAGAAUGUUAAGGAACUGAAGAAGACAGCAGAAGAAGCUCUCAAGAAGAGUCACAUUCCAUCUGCUUCCUUCACCUAAAACUAAUUAGCAAAAAUUGACAAUAUAAUAAAGUAUCAAAACGAUAAUGUUUUA